UUGAAAUACAUCUACAAUUCAAAUAUAACGACAACGAAAGAAUCAAAAAUACGUAUUUAACUCCUAAGAGAGAAAUAUCCUCCAGUUCUGAGAUAAGAAGUGACGGGGGUCACAGCGCGCAUGUGUCGUGGAUUAAUCCGUUUACGGCAGUAGAUGCGCCUCUGUCAAUCAAGCAGAUCGGGGAGCGCGCGCGAACUUGAGAGAGCUAGAGAGAACGCAGCAGGUGCGCGCGGGGUUUCAAACAUUUAUAGCGUAUUACAGUUAAAUAAAUUGUAUUUAAGAAAUCAUGUAAGGAAUAGUCUCGACAAAGUCGCGUUUAGUUACGGGGAAACGCAAUGCCAUCGCGGGAUGAGAAUGAACCUGUGAAUGAAGACGGCGGCGCGCCUCCGGUUCCACCGAGAGCGACUCUUCUGCGGGACGCGCGGGCACCCGUGCCCGUACCUGUGCACAAGGUGAAGUGUGUGCUGGUCGGGGAUGGGGCUGUGGGUAAAACCAGUCUGGUCAUCAGCUACACGACAAACGGUUAUCCGGCUGAACACAUCCCCACUGCCUUCGAUCACUUUACAGCUAAAGUUGUGGUGGAUGGGAGACCAGUUCAACUUCAACUGUGUGACAUGGCAGGACAGCAAUGGGGGGCAGUGGACCAGCGUUUAAAUGAUGAGUUUGAUCGCCUCCGUCCGCUCUGUUACCGUGACGCUGACGUCUUCCUGCUCUGUUACAGCGUGGUCCUCCCAGUCUCCUUUAAGAACAUCACAGACCGCUGGGCUCCGGAAGUCUGUCGUCUCUGUCCAGGAGUUCCCAUGAUCCUCGUGGGCACCCAGUGUGAUUUACGUGAGGAUGUGCAGAUAUUGAUCACACUCGCUGACGAGCAGGAGAAACCGGUCAGCACUGAUGAAGGCCUCCUGCGCGCCCGCAGCAUCGGCGCAGUGGCGUUUGCCGAAUGUUCAGCGUUGACGCAGAAGAACCUGAAAGAGGUGUUUGAUGCCGCCAUCGUGGCGAACAUGCGGCAUGCUGAGGAGGGGGCGUGGCUGAGGAGAGAAACUUUAAGAGACAAAACACCAGAUAAAAUCAAACAGCUCUCUGAAACAUGGUGGAGAAAAUUGAGCUGUUUGGUGUGACACCAGUGAACUUUGCUGAUGGGAGACAAACAUUUCAAUUCUUUGUUGCCUUUGUUUGUACAGUAAUUUACAAGACAUUCGGCUCACAGAACAAAAAAGCUUCUUAAAUAGUGAUCCCAUCUCAAUUUGCAAGACAUGUUAGAUAUUGUUAACAUUCUUUAAAAGCGUGUGCUAUUCAGAGACCUUAAAAAUAGGAGAUUGCUAUUUAUAUAAAGAGUUUUCUAGUAAUAUAGAAUAUAUUCAUUUAUUUAUUUUUUUAGGGGUGAAUGGGUAGGACCUUAUUUAGCCUCACCUGUCAUUUGUUGUUCUUGGUUCUGUAGACGUGCGUUUGGAUGACGCAGGAUUGUUUGUGUCAGAUUGGCCCAGUACCUUGCUUUCAGGAUUAAUUUAUCCUGCGGACAGAUUGAAGAUCAAGACUAGACAACAUGAGGACCCAAAGCCUGCGUAACACCUGUUGUUCUAUAGACCACUUUACGGCCGACGUCACGCUUACGUCACGGCAUUAGCUGGAGGUGGCCAAUACAAACCAGCACAGAUUCAGCUACAUAAGGAGUUUAAAAUAUCAUCUUGUUGUGUUGUUUAGUGCCACAAUCGACAGAAAACAGCAUCCUAUUUGAUAUUUUAACACACACCUGCUGCCAUUUCCAAACAAAAACACUGACGACUGCUGUAGUUAAACACAAUAAAACGAUCAUA